AACACGACCACGGCGACGACCGAGAGAGAGAGGCUCAAGGAGUGUGAAACAAAUUUAAAAAAAGUCCAACCAAAGAGAAAUGUUUUAGCCAAAAGUUAAUUUAACUAAAAAACAAAUCAAAGGCAAAGCAGCCAUAUUUGAUUCGAUCAAAUUCGAAGUUCGAAAAUUCGGAUUGAAAAAGCUCCUUUAAGCUGAGCUUAAUAAUAAAACGGAUCUCUGUGUCUGUGGCUUUGUGUCCGUGUGUGUGUGUGUGUGUGUGUGAGAAAGUGCAUUCGAUUCGAGUGAGCAGGAUGGAGCAUGACAGCUUUGAUGAUCCGAUUUUCGGGGACUUUGGCGGCGGCCCCCUCAAUCCCCUGGGGGCCAAGCCCCUUCUGCCCACCUCGACGGCAAUGCAUCCCGUUAUGCUCGGCAGUGUCCACGAGCUGUGUAGCCAGCAGCAGCCACAGCAGCGUCUGCCCGACUGCAACACCAUACUGCCAAACGGCGGCGGGGGAGGCGUGAGCGGUGGCGGAGGAUCUCCCAACUAUGUUCCGAAAUUGGAUUUUGGCAAUAAGAUUGGAUGCUAUUCGCCCAGCCAGAAGUACGAGUACAAGCUGGUGGAUCAGCAUCAGCAGCACCAGCAGCAGCAACACCAUCACCACCAGCACUACGCCGUCACGCCACCGCCCAGCCACAAUGGCAUCCUGCAUCACAAGCAGCAGACAUCCUCAAACCAACAUCAGCAGCAGCUGGUGGGGAUCAUGGACUACCAUCCGCUGAACGGAAAGCUCGACUACUCGCCCAAGGACCAGUACGAACCGCAGUCCCAGCAGCAUCCCCAACUGCAGCAUCUGUACGGCGGUAGUCCGCAUCACCACUUGGACCACUUGGAGCACUCCGAUGGCUUGAUCCAGGACUCCAGUCCAGUGCUAAUCAACGGCGGUCCUGGUUCGGCCGGAGGCAAGCUCAAGAAGCCCGACGAAAUGUGCGGCCAGAUGCAGGAUGCGGGUGGUUCGGGCGUUACACCACCAGCUACCUCCUCGUCGGGCAUCAGCAAUGGCGGGACGCCCAAUGGAAGUGCAAAUGUCUCUGCUGGGGGCCAGGGCGCCUCGGUCACAGUUGUGGGCGCUGCUGGAGGUGUUGCUGCCGCCGCGCCCAAGAAGGACGGCGGAAACAGCAGCAGCAAAAAGAAGGGCGAUCCCAAUGGCAUCAAGAAGAAGAAAACGAGAACCACGUUCACAGCCUAUCAAUUAGAGGAACUAGAACGCGCCUUUGAGCGUGCCCCCUAUCCGGAUGUGUUUGCCCGCGAGGAGCUGGCCAUCAAGCUGAAUCUGAGCGAGUCCCGGGUGCAGGUGUGGUUUCAGAACCGUCGCGCCAAGUGGCGGAAGCACGAGCCACCACGCAAGACGGGCUACAUCAAGACGAGCACUCCGCCGACGGCAACGCUGAACAGCAGCCUGGCUCCACCCUUCACCAGCUAUCCGCAGACGACGACCGUGACGCCGCCGGGUAGCAUGGACAGCUGGACCAGCUACCAGACACCCUACGAGCUGACACCGCAGUUCAGCCUGCUGUCGCCAGCGGCGAGCCCCUAUGGCACCUACUCCGGCCAGUACGGCACCUAUGUGCACGAGAGCCAGCUCUUUCCCAUGCGACACUUUGACUACGGCAGUCCCAGUCGCAUGGAAAUGGGCGCCACAACUGGCUCCGUGACGGGUGUGUCCGGAGGCGAGGAGGCGACAGGCAAUGGUAAUGGAAGCUACCAGGCAGCGGAGCUGCAGGCUACGCAACAGCAGAUGGCCGACGGAACGCUGGUCACCCUCAUUCCUGAUCACGCCGAUCCGCACCAGCAGCAGCAGCAGCAGCAGGCGCAGCUGAAUGGGAAAUAUCUGAGCGCGGAGCAGGCCAAGUAUGUGCAUCUGCAGUGCCAUCAAUCAUCGACGGGCCUCGAGCUGAGUCCCGGCUCCAACUGCCAUUUGGUGGAGGCUCAGACGCAGCAUUACGUGACCACGGGAGCGGGUUCGGGGGCAGGGACAGGCAACGGAAGUGGCAGCAGCGAUGACAACGACAGCGGACUGCAGACUGUGAUCAAGAGCGAGGAGUCGGCCCAGCAGCAGCAACAGCAGCAGCAGGCACAGAGCUACGUCCUGCCGCCUUUUUUGCACUAAGGGAAAUGCUCACA